GCGCUUUCACCGCCUCGGAACUAACGAUCUGCCUGCACGUUUAGUCCGGAAGGAUAUCCAGGACGUACCGGGCUGUAGUGUCUCUGUAGUGUUGUGGCGCUGAGAGAUGAGUGGAGACUCAGACGGGAAUAAAGAGUUUCAUGAACAGCUUCGGCUGCAGGAGCUCUACGGCCAGAAACGGGAGGCUGGAGAUGACCCGUUCACAUAUGUCGAUCCAGAGGAUGGAACUGUGUACGACUGGGACCAUGACAAGAAGGCGUGGUUUCCAAAGAUCACAGAGGACUUCAUCGCUGCGUAUCAGGCAAACUACGGCUUCAGUGAGGAUGGAACUCCUGAUUCAGAAGCUGCAGGACCCCCCAGUGAAACCUCUGAGAAACCUGAGGAGAUGGAGAAGCCAGAGGAGGAAAAGAAGAAAAACGAGGUGAAGAAGCCAGAGGAUGGAAAGCAGCCAGAAAUAUCCUCCACUAAAGAGGGAAAACAAAAAGGAGAAAAAAGAAAAGCAGAACCAGGCUGGUUUGAUAUUGAAAAAGAUAAGAACACUAAUGUUUACGUGUCGGGUCUUCCUCCUGAUAUAACUCCUGAUGAGUUUGUGGAGGUGAUGUCUAAGUGUGGGAUCAUUAUGAGGGACCCGAUUACAGAGGAGUAUAAAGUGAAGCUGUAUAAGGACAGUGAUGGAAAUCAGAAAGGAGAUGGCCUCUGCUGUUACCUCAAGAAAGAGUCUGUGGCUCUUGCAGAGCGUCUGUUGGAUGAAAUGGAGAUCAGAGGCUACAGGUUGCAUGUGGAGGCCGCCCGGUUUGAGCUGAAGGGUCAGUACGAUGCCAGCAAGAAGAAAAAGAAGAGCAAAGAGUACCGCAAAAAAAUGCAGCUGCAGCAGAAGCAGCUGGACUGGAGGCCAGAGAAGACAGCUGAUGGGCGUAAAAGACAUGAGCGUGUGGUCAUCAUACAGAACAUGUUCCACCCGAAAGACUUUGAGAUACUGGGUUGUGCAAUACGAGUCCAUUUUUUCCCCUGCUGCCCAAAAGGUUCCUCAGAGGCUUACUUUUGGGAAGAUCCACUGGAGCUGAAUGAGUAUCGAGAAGACCUGCGGUCGGAGUGUGAGAAAUUUGGUGAGGUCAAGAAGGUCAUCAUCUUUGAUAGGCACCCUGACGGCGUGGCCUCUGUGGCGUUUAAAGAGCCAGAGGAGGCAGACAUGUGUCAGACGGUGCUGGAUGGACGCUGGUUUGGAGGGAGGAAGCUUUCAGCUCAGCUAUGGGAUGGAGUCACAGACUAUCAGGUGGAGGAGACAUCACGGGAACGUGAGGAGAGACUAAAGGGGUGGUCCACAUUUCUGGGUGAUGAAAAAUCUGCUGUGGCUAAAGCCCAAACUAAAGACACUGACGGAGGGAAAACAGAGGAAAGCAGUCAGGGGUCAGAGCCAGCAUUAGCCCAGCCCACAAAUUGUACACCACCUUCACAGGCAGAGGCUGACAAAGCACCAGAACAUGGACAGUCCAUAGAGGAGCCAGAGGAAGAGGGUGUGGGUUCCACAGACAGCAGCCUUGCAGGCAGCGAUGACGAGGCUUAAAUCCAGAAUUUAAAAACACAACAUUUUCUGAACAUUCCCAUUUUAAACAUUGAUCUUUGAUUGCUGCCCACAGUCUGCCUACUUCCUCAGAUGCUGUUGUGCUUUUGAACAAGCCUUAUAGCACACCUAGGCAGUUUAACAUCAAGUUUAAGCAGUUUGUUGAGAUCUACAUUCACCACAUUCAGAUUCUUAUGAAUUAGUGUUAACACCAGACCUCUGUUAAAUCGACAAAAAUAUUACUAAUAAUGCGCAACCUUUUUAACAUGUCAUUGCUGUUCUUCGGAAUCAGUAUGGGCAUUAUUACAGCACAGCAUAACCUCUCCUUUAGUAUCACAAAACUGUUUAACACUUUUAACCCUUUAAGCCCUUUAACUUUAACUGCUUGUUAUUUAACAGAAGCUACAUUACAGCAGGUACUGAACAAUUAAGGCGAUUGAAUAAUAUAUUUUACAUCAAAGAUUUAUUCAUUACAUUACUUCGUAAAACUGCUUAACUACAGCUACCGCAGUGUAACAUUUAAAAUCGUAAAUAAAAAAGUGAAUCCUAAAUAUACCAGCACAAACAUGCACACACGUAUAGAAAAUUUCUAUACUAUACUACUAAAAGCUUGUCACAGCAGUAGCUGUAGAAGAGCAUGUUAGUGGGCAGACUCUGGAGUGGGAGCACUGUUAGUGUGGGUGUGUGUCCUGUCAUAUCAAAAGCUGGGUAAGCCCCGAGUCAGUGAUGUGGAAUUGGAUUGUAAAACAGCCAUUGUGUACAAAUUCUCUCAUAAUGAUAGACUCCUGUUUGUAUUUUCUGGAGUGGAGUUUAUAAUUAAAACAAAUGUGUGAAAGUGUC